AUGGCCUCUUCCGCUACUCAAACCCAAUCCGCCACCGAGAACCUCUCUCAACUUCACCUAAACUCCACCCCCAUCACCCACGCUCUUUCCGACGUGGUCAAGCAGGAGGACUGGAGCGACUUCAACUUCGCUCCCAUCCGUGAGUCCACCGUGUCCCGCGCCAUGACUUCUCGCUACUUCCAAGACCUUGACAAGUACGCUGUCAGCGAUGUCAUUAUUGUCGGUGCUGGCUCCAGUGGAAUUUGCGCUGCAUAUGUCAUCGCCAAGAACAGACCAGACCUCAAGAUAGCCAUCGUGGAGGCAAAUAUUUGCGCGGGAGGUGGUGCCUGGCUGGCGGGCCAGUUAUUCAGUGCUAUGAUCAUGAGAAAGCCUACCCACUUGUUUUUGGAUGAGCUUGAAAUUCCUUACGAAGACGAAGGCGAUUACGUUGUCGUCAAGCACGCCGCUUUGUUUACGUCUAGCGUGCUAAGCAAGGUUUUGCAAUUCCCUAACGUGAAGCUUUUCAACGCUACCGCCGUCGAGGACUUGGUUACCAGACCAGCCGACAACGGAGAUGGCGUGCAAGUCGCCGGUGUUGUGACCAACUGGACCUUGGUUACCCAAGCCCACGACCUACAAAGCUGCAUGGACCCUAACGUGAUCGAGUUGGCAGGCUACAAGAACGAUGGUACUCGCGACCCAUCUCAGAAGCACGGUGUCAUUUUGUCUACUACCGGCCACGACGGUCCAUUUGGUGCCUUUUCCGCCAAGAGAAUUGUUUCCAUCGACGGUAACAAGAAGUUGGGCGGCAUGAAGGGUCUAGACAUGAACAGAGCUGAAGCCGGUGUUGUCAAGAACUCUGGUAAGUACGAGGGUGUCGACGGGAUGUACUUUGCCGGUAUGGAAGUCGCCGAAUUGCACGGCUGUAACAGAAUGGGCCCUACUUUCGGUGCUAUGGCUGUCAGCGGUAUCAAGGCUGCCGAGGAGAUCCUGAAGCAUUUUGCUUGA